AUGGCCAGCACCCCCAGCACCAGCACCACCAGCAACUCCACUAGCACCGCCACCAGCAUCACCACCACCACUACCAGCACCACCACAACCAAUACCACCGCGACACCACCACCAGCACGACCAGCACCAGCAUCCUCAGCAGCACCACCACCAGCACCACCACCACCAGCAGCAUCACCACCAGCACCACCACCACCAGAAAUACCACCAUCACCAGCACCACCAGCACCAGCACCACCACCACCAGCACCACCACCACCAGCACCAUCAGCACCAGCACCACCAGCAGCACCACCACCAGCACCAGCACCAUCACCACCAGCAGCACCACCACCGCCGCCACCAUCACCACCAGCACCAGCACCACCACCACUGCCACCACCACCACCAGCAACACCAACACCACCGCCACCAGCACCACCAGCACCAGCACCACCAGCACCGCCACCAUCACCACCAGCAAAACCAACACCACCAGCACCACCAGCACCACCAUCACCGACGCCACCAGCACCACCACCACCAGCACCACCAGCACCAGCACCACCAGCAACACCAUCAACACCACCACCAUCAGCGCCACCACUACCAGCACCACCACCACCAGCUGCAACACCACCAGCACCAACCCUACCAGCACUACCAACACCACCAGCAACAGCACCACCACUGCCAGCACCAUCAUCACCAGCACCACCAGCACCACCAGCACCACUAGCACCACCAUCCCCAGCACCAGCACCAGCACCUCCACCAGCACCAUCACCACCAGCAACACCACCAGCACCACCAGCAGCAGUAAUACCACCAGCACCAGCACCACCACUACCAGCACCACCACAACCAGCACCACCGGCAGCAGCACCACCUGCAGGAGCACCAACACCAGCACCAGCAGCACCACCAGCAACACUAACACCAGCAUCCCCAGCACCAGCAUCAGCACCAGAACCACCACCAGCACCACUACCAGCACCAUCAGCAUUAACACUAUUAGCACCAGCAACACCACCAGCACCACCAGCAGCACCCACACCAGAACCACCAGCACCCUCACUAGCACCACCACCACUAUCAGCAUCACCACCAGUGCCACCAGCACCAGCAUCCCCAGAAGCACCACCCCCAACACCACCACCACCAGCAGCAUGA